AUGGCCCAGCAAGCGAUCGUCAACGUGCUCAUCAUUGUGGGGAAGGAUGAUGUUCCCAUCUACGAAGCGGACCUCAGUACAGAGGGCAUCCGCGAGGACAGCCCACACCUGGACCAGUUUGUGGUGCACGCCGCCCUGGACUUGGUGGAUGAGAUGGUUUGGAGUACCUCAUCCAUGUUCCUCCGUGUGGUGGACAAGUUUAACGAUUUCCAUGUCUCGGCCUACUGCACCGCUGGACAUGUGCGGAUGAUGUUGCUUCACAAGCACAGAAAUGAGGAGGCGAUCCGAGCCUUCUUUGCGGAGAUCCACGACCUCUUCAUCAAAGCCAUGUUGAGUCCUUUCCAGACGCCCUCCACACCCAUCGAAUCUCCGAUAUUCGAUGCCAAGGAGCUUAUCUCAACUGCGCUGUCUUUCAAUUUAAAUGCCACAGCACAAGUGCCCUCAGCUGGGCUGGUAGGCCAGCAGCAGCUGCUCCUCCCGUGGAUCGUGGCCGCUGUUGUGGGCCUCAAUGAGGAGGGAGAUAUCAGUCGUCACGAGCGCGACAUGCCGUUUGAAGACUGCUGGCAGUCACGGUUCAUGCUGGCACAGGUUUGUGCUGCUGAGAAGCUUUCAGAGCCUAAUGCUGGACACGUGUGCUUCAACGUGCAUUUCGUGUCGCCAGGGAAAGCAUGCUUAGAUAAGGCACCGCAGCAGUUUGAGCAUGGAGUCAUGCAGUUUCGCUUGCAGCUCCUACUCGCCUGGCUGGCCUUCGCUGAGACCUGUGAGAGGUAUGACCAGGAUGGUCAAAUCUACUGCUCGUGCGGCGAGGUUGUCUCGGUGGAUCAACUGCUGGUCACGAGCACCAGCGGGAUCACCAACUUCCUGGGUGGAGGCGCCAAUGGGCAGAGCGUCGUCAGAGGGAGGAUACUUUGUGAGGUGGGAGCCGUUUUGCCGGAAAUUGUUGCAGGAGGACCUCUUCUUUGCAAGGGCUUUGUGCAGCAGAAGCUGGGAGGGGAGCAAAUUACAGUAACCUCGUUGAACGACGAGUAUGCAGUGACCUUCAACGUCACAUCGCGCCGAGAUUAUAUCAAGUUUGAAGUGGGUGGCUCCAGAGGCUUGUCGUCAAACCUCUGGGAGCCUGGCCAGAUGGACCUGGAGUUAGAGCUCCUGGUCAAUGUCGGUCUCGAUCCCUGGCUGGUAAAGAUAGACAGGACGGCUCUGAAGCCGAAGCGAAUUGGGCAGAUGCUGGCCUCCCUGCCAGCGCUGCUGGGCCCGUGGGGCGCUGUGGGACUGCUUCCUCUGGACUACUUGGCGGAUUGCCAGGCUACGAGUACUGGGCUCAAAGCACGCUGGACCGGCGGGCUGCUGGGCGCCACAGGAGGGCCAUCGGGGGCUGUGGCCUUGGCUGCGGCUGCAGACACCGAGCGCUUCAGCCGGGCAGUGGCUGCGCUCUUGGGUGUUGGCCUGUGGUUGAGACCGACAACAUCGGCAGAGGACUCGACACUGCGGCGUGCGCUUGUUGCCUCCCGGGGCCGGGGCCUCCGCCUCGGAACGCCCGGUGCUGUGCAGGCCAAGGAAGGGGUGAGUCCCUUCGAGUUGCAGCUUGAGGUUGGUGGCCUUAGCUUCGGGCAGUUUCGACUCCUUGGGGGCUGGGAUGCUGGCGGCUCCGCUAGAUUCGAGCGCUGCCGAGAUAGCUAUGUCGUCAUACCUCCCAGCUUUCUCUUGUCAGAGGCUUUGUUCACGCCGGAUGCAGCAACAGCAGGCCUUCUGAGCGUCAUCAAUGCCUCUGCCAGCAUCGAUGGCUUCACCGAGUUCAGGAUUCAUGUCAUGACGCUUGAGAUGUUGAAGGAUCAGGCUUUGUCUUCACGCUUGAUUGUUGAACUUACGCUUUACUGCAGUGAUGGCUCAACUAGCACGCUUUAUGGUGGCGCCUACCACCAACGCGACGGGACGGCCCUGGAGUUGUGCCGCCUUCCAGCCCUGGACGACGCGAUGUGGGCCGAGGUCAAGGCCUAUGUAGCGCGCAAUCCAGAAACUGCGAAGGCUAUGCAGGGCUUUGCCAGGAACCCGGAGGCCAUGCAGGGUUGGCUGCAAAUGCGAGCAGCUGCUGAGCACUACCAGAUCGCCCUGGACCGUGACCUGGAGCUGCACAACUUGAUUGAGGCCCUCGAGGCUGAUGAGGAGCUGGCACCUGUCUUCAUGGACCUGCGAAAGAAUGGCAUGGAGGCUGCCAUGAAAUAUUCAGAUGAGGCGCUGAUGCUCAAGAUCAGCAAGAAGUUGCGAGAGUAUUUGGGACAGUGGGAAGCGAUCCUACGCAAACUCGAGCAGAUGACUUAUCCCUUACACCAGGUUGCCAAAGAAGGCGACUCACGACUGCUCCAGCUCCUACUCAAGCGCCGUGAGAAUCGCGAGGAGCCCGUGGACUACCAAGAUUCCAAGGGCAUCACCGCUUUGGGCUAUGCGAUCUGGGCCGGACACUUGGAGGCCACCAAGCUCCUAAUUGAGCAUGGAGCAGAUGCUCUGCUAGUCGACAGCUUUGAUAACACCUGCGUCCACUACGCAGCGGGGUACGGACAUGCAGAGCUGUUGGAGUAUUUGCUCGAAUUUGGCUUCAGCAUGCACCGCACUAACGCGGCAGGUCUCACACCCAUGGCUGUGGCAAUGCAGAGCAAUCAGGAGGCAACGAUACUUGUCCUCGACACUUUCGGAACGGUUUGA